AAACCCUUACUGAAUGAAGGGAAGUUGAAAUGGUAUUGUACCUUUUGCCCAGUCUUCCUUGCGUAUGUUUUUUUUCUUGUUUGCGUGUAGUGAGUUGAAAGAAGAUGCAUCUGAGGAUGGGGCUAACUCGGUAUCCAAAAUGAGGGGAGCAGUGACAUUAAUUAACCUCCAACGAAAGCUCACAUGUCAUUGUCCCCACCCCAAUGCAAUUAUGAACUCCAAUUCCAUUGUCACCUGACACACUCAUCUUUUGGCCACACAUGCGACUAUAUAUAUUCCUGCGUUGCAUGUAAGAACUUCCAAAAAAACUUGUUCUGGUUAUUACUAUUUGUUCCUGUCUGGGCAUGGGUAAAACAUGUACAACUUGUUCUUGGGGACUGUGGAUGGGAGGGGUUGGAGUACUGGUGCAUGUGAUGAGGAAACUACAAACCUCUUUCUCACGUUCAAAAGGGGUGAAGCAGGGCCAUUUUGUGGUGAUUGCAACUCGAGGGUGGAAGCCUGAGAGAUUCUUCAUUGAAUUGGGGUAUUUAGAUCACCCUGACUUUGUGAAGUUGUUAGAGCAAGCUGAAGAAGAGUUUGGGUUCUCUCAGGUGGGAGCACUUGCAAUCCCUUGCCAACCUGAUGAACUCAAGAGAAUCAUUGGAAGGGAAAAUAAUAGGAACAAGGGCAUUACCUGUUGGGUUAAAGGGAUUACACUUGCAUGAGAUCACACUCACUUCCCUUGUAAUUUUCUGUUCCUGUCGUUAUCACUUUCCUUGUAAUAAUGUU